AUGGCUUCAGGAGAGCAAAAGGCGGUCAAAAUCGUCGUAAUUGGCGUAGGAAGCGUGGGGUCGGCCACAGCCUAUACCCUGCUUCUAAGUGGCAUAGUAUCCGAAAUAGUUCUUAUUGACGUCAACAAAGACAAAGCGGAAGGUGAAAGUAUGGAUUUGAACCAUGCUGCACCUUCUACAACGAAAUCUAGAGCUGGUGAUUACUCGGAUUGUGCUGGGGCAGCCAUCGUUGUCGUCACCUGUGGCAUCAACCAAAAACAUGGCCAGACAAGAAUGGAUUUGGCAGCUAAAAAUGCCGGUAUCAUGCUGGAAAUCAUCCCACAAGUGGCCAAGUACGCUCCUGACACCAUCUUGCUCAUAGCCACGAACCCAGUCGACGUUUUGACGUAUGUGAGCUAUAAGGCAUCGAAAUUCCCACUGAGCAGAGUCAUUGGGUCUGGAACCGUGCUUGACACCGCACGUCUGAAAUAUAUCCUUGGGGAGCACUUUGGGAUCUCGUCCGACAGCGUGGAUGCUUGUGUCGUCGGAGAACACGGCGAUUCAGGAGUACCCGUAUGGUCGCUCACAAGCAUCGAUGGACUCAAACUACGUGACUACUGUGAACAGAAGAACCACAACUACGACGAGGCCACUUUCCACAGGAUUUUCGAGCAGACUCGAGACGCCGCUUACGACAUUAUCAAGCGUAAGGGAUACACGUCGUACGGGAUUGCAGCAGGAAUCCUUCGUAUUGUGAAGGCCAUUUUGGGCGACACAGGAGCUGCUCUCACGGUUUCUACGGUUGGCGAUUACUACGGAGAGCAGCAGAUUGCAUUGAGUGUUCCCACCAGGCUAAACAAACAGGGUGCCAACGAGGUCCUCGGGGUCUCACUCGAUGAAAAAGAGACGCAACUUAUGCAAAAGUCGGCCGGUCAGAUCAAAUCCGCUUUGCGGACCCUUGAGUUAGAGUGA